AUGGAGGCCAACGUUAGAUUCGAGCGGUUGCGAAUGGCCGCCAAGGUUGUCAAGGCGUCGCCGAACGAAUGCUUGGACGUUGUGCGAGCGAAUAAACGGAAUUGUCUCCGACCGCCAUCUCGACUGCUGUCUGUCUGUCCGUUUCCUCACAACGACGACAAACGAGUGGACGAGGAGGAGGACGACGACGACGAAGUGGACGACGACCGCAACACGACCCAGAAGAAGUGCAUUUGUCAGGGAAGGUGGUGGUGGUCAUCGCCGUCUUCCACCUUCGCAGUGAGGAUCGCCGUGAUGUUGCUUCUGAACAAGCUGCAGAACAGCCGACUUUGGCAGUCGUGCUGCCGCUUCAAAAUUGACCCGUCGAAGACCAGGGAAGACCCGGACGAAAGGUGGGCCAACCAGUACCGCGAACGACAACGCAACAACCUGUACAAAUGGGUGGACACGUCGAAAGGCGGCUCGCUAAUCGAGAUAUUUAUCAACGAAGGCAAAGACGGCGUGCUGCGCUUCGCGCAGGAGAAAAUACUGCCCAUGCUUUACCACGAGGGCAAAUCCCCGGAAAUCAUCAAGAAAAGCGACUAUAUGAAAUGGAGAAAUUUCAUGGUAAUCACUAUAUCUUGA